AUGAUGGAGAGCACAGGAGGGCCGUAUCUGAACACUGCUGCCGUUACAUCCCCUGUGGGAGUAGCUCGUUUGCUGCAGAUGGCGUUUGGAUGCACCACCUUCAGCCUGGUGGCUCACCAAGGGGGGUUCAGCGCAGCCUAUGGCACCUUCUGCAUGUUUGUCUGGACCUUCUGUUUUGCCAUCACUGUCUUCAUCCUCACCUGCGAGUUCACGCACCUGCACAGCUGCCUGAGCAUCUCCUGGGGGAACUUCACCGCGGCUUUCGCCAUGCUGGCCACACUCAUGUCCGUCACAGCUGCUGUCAUCUACCCGCUCUACUUCGUCCAGCUGGACUGUUACCCCAUCAGCUGCAAGGUGAGGGAUUUCCGCAUCGCCGCCAGUGUCUUCGCAGGCCUCCUCUUCCUGGCCUACGCUGCCGAGGUGUUCUUAACCAGGGCAAAACCGGGACAAGUCACCAGCUACAUGGCCACCGUCUCUGGGCUCCUGAAAAUUGUCCAGGCCUUCGUGGCCUGCAUCAUCUUUGGGGCACUGGUGAACGACAGCCAGUACAGCAAGUACGUGGCAACGCAGUGGUGCGUGGCCGUCUACAGCUUCUGCUUCGUGGUGACGGUGGUGGUGGUGGCCUUCAGUGUCACUGGCAAGACUGCCCUGCUGUGGUUCCCCUUUGAGCGCUCCGUGGUUGUCUACACCCUGGGGGCCGUGCUGCUGUACGUCAGCGCGGCCGUCAUCUGGCCAGUGUUCUGCUUCGACAGCAAGUACGGCUCCCCGUGGCGCCCCGGCGCCUGCUCCAAGGGCCGCUGCCCCUGGGAUAGCCAGCUGGUCAUCGCCAUCUUCACCUAUGUCAACCUGCUGCUCUACGUGCUGGACCUGGCCUAUUCCCAGCGCAUCCGCUUUGUCUCGCACCUCUGA